AUGAAACGACAUGCUUCUUUUAUAAUAUCAUGCAAAAGAUACUCAUCUACGCUUAUCAGUCGACGUGUUUGGGUAGUAACUGACGGAAGCAUCGAGCAUACAUUGCCUGCAUUGGCUUUAGGCAAGAAGCUGUCAGGAGCAAGUCAGGAUUUAAAAUUGAAGACUAUUGUAGCCAGUCAAAAGUUGCAACUAUUUCCAAAUAUUAUUCAAAAAUACAUUGUUGAUUAUAGAUCGUCCAAACAUCAAGGCAAUCAAUUACCUUGGUACUUGUCUUCACCAGAUCAUUCAGGCAUCAUAGACGAACCUUAUCCAGACUAUGUUAUAGCAAGUGGACAAGACGCAGUUCCAGCUUGUCUUCAUAUAACGAAUACAUAUAAAAAGAGCUUUUCAGUGUUUGUUGGUUAUCCACACAUACCUUUCAUCAACUUUGAUCAAGUUGUUUUGCCAAAAUAUGAAGCAAAUACCAAAAUGGCCGCGCUUGGACCACUUGCUAAACAAAAGAACGGAAUUAUUACACCAGCACCGCUAUUAAGCAUGGGUACUACUAAAGGCAAAUCAAUCGUCCCAAGCUCAUUUCAAAACGGAUACUCUGCAGUCAUCGUCGGCGGUCACUCUGCCUACUGCAGAUGGUAUUCUGAAGACGCAGCUACAUUAGGAGAUAAUAUCAAGCGUAUAGUGCAAAAAUUACAAGACAAAGUCGUGGUUGUAUAUACUGAUAGGACAUCCAAAUUGGUUAAAGAAGCAAUAGACAAAAGGCUCGAUUCACUUUCCGAUGCUAUCAUUUGGGAUUCAACCAAGGAAGAGAAGACGAUAGAUAAAAUAGAGAAAUAUGAAGACAUCAUUGCUAAUUGCCAGCGAGCCAUCUUAACUGCUGACUUGGAUUAUCCAAUUGCACAUGCAAUCACCAAAAAUAAACCUGUAUAUACUACCUUUGGUGGGUAUUGCAGAUCCUAUCUAUUACAGUUCAAUCGAUGGAUGCUGGAUAAUCAUCUCAUCAGAAAACUUAGGCUAGACAAGAGUAAAUAUAGAGCAAGCGACGUACAGGAUAAUUAUAGCUAUUUAGGUAACCAUGCCCCUUGGGGGGAUGCCAACAAGGUGUUUCAAGUGGAAUCAACAAUGGCAUCGGUAGUAGAUGAAAUCGAAGCAGUGCGCCAAGAAACAAUCACAGGCAAAAGAAGAAAGACAUCAUAA